CCAUUUCAAAUAGGCGCACAGCAGCAGCAGCAGCAGCAGCUGUGUAAUAUUAUAUAAUAUAUGGUAAGUAAGAGCGCGUGCAGAAUGAAGCUGUGCUGUGCAGGUUAACUGAGGUCACUAUGCAAGAACCAACAGAGGCCUAAAUGAAGUGAAGGCAUUGCAAACUCAGCAGAGCAGUCCACGGCCUGACACCUAUAAUAGGCAACUUUUAUAUUAUUUAUUUAUGUGUGAAUGUGUCAGAAUUUGUGAACGUGCAUUAGAAAUGGUAUAACAGCACUGAUGGGAUCCGACACUGUAACAAACCUGCAGUGAAACGGGACAUUUCACAUUCUUCCUCAGCGUUUGGGUAGAUGCUCAUCUUAAGUGAAGUGUGUCAGUUAAAAGUAGCCUCUUGUAAAAGCUUAAUCGCUUUUAAAGAUGAAACGUAGUGUCUAUAUUGCCCAGUGCUCCACAGUUUAGUGUUGAUGUCAGAGGAUACAAUGUGAUGCUGUUCGAUCUCUACAGAUGAACUCCUUCUGACACCCGGUUUAGCUGUAUUCAGCAGUAAAUGCUCACUGCAGUGUGAUUCUAAUUUCAGGUUGAAGGCAAAUUCCUUUGAUUUUUUCAAAUGUUUUGCCUAAUUAAGUGGUUGAUGAAGUCAUUCAGAGUGCUUUGAUGUGAAAUGCUCCUUUUCAGCGAAUCUAACCAUGUCUGACUUGGUUACAGUGGUGGUGAUAGGAACCAGACGUCCGAAGAGUUCAACACCUUCAAAAGCUCCCUCACAGGAAUACGUUAGGAAUACUCUGCCUGAUGCCUGAAAACACUGUUUUAUGAUAGUUUUGAGAUGUGGCCUUAAAAGUGAUGGUGCUGAGGCACGUAGAGGGCAUUGUAAGGCUCAGCAGCGGCUAUAGGGACCCUUAUUUUUUCUGGUUUUAUCGUCAUCACCAUUGACUAUAAAACCUCAGGGGACACAUGCUGGUUCACUGGUCCUCUUGGACGGUAAAUACAAAGGCUACAUUUGACCUGACUGUGAUCUCUGGUGUCCAUCACCUCAAAACGAAAUCAGAGUCGGUCUUAACAGUGGACAGCCCAGUAAAAUGCCUGUGAGCACGGCGUGCCGUCUGUUGUAGGUGAGCACACUUGACUGCUGGACUCUUCACCUCGGCAAGCAUCACUCCUCCCCGCACACCAAUCAGAGCGAGAACAUUGCCGCCCUCUGCCUUUGCCCUUCACCCCUCCUCCCCCCCUCUCUCUCCCUCCCCCUCGUGCUGUGGGCCAUGUCUGGCAGUGGGGGGUUGAUGGAGGGAAACCAAGCCAGAGAGGAUGAGGAUGCCAGGGACAGCUGCUGCGGUGAAGAAGACUCGUCGCCCGUGGUGGAGAGGCGGAAUCGGAGCGGCAUCAUCAGCGCCCCGCUCAACAAGAGCCUCAAACACUCCCGGGCGCUCUCCCAGUACAUUGCAACAUGCUCCGCUGCAGCCGCUGUCGCUAAUGCUAAUGCUAACAGACUCGCCCAGAGCUCCUUAGUGUCCACAGGGGUGAAGGCCCACUCCACAGCCGCCCAACACAGAGCCCAAGUGGGACUCACCAAACUGGACCGGGGGGCUCUGUUGUCCGGCCUACUGGACUCUCCGAGCGGGCUGCAUCUGGCCCAGGCCGCUGAGCUCUUACGGCAGGCCAGCAUGCUGCUUCCUGUCUCCGACUCUACUGGUCUUAACAUGAGCGGAGACAUGGAAGGAGUCUCGGCCUCCGAUUCGUUAGGGAGCGUGACGGACUUCCCGUUGCUGAGUAAUGGCGGGGGAGUGGGAGGUGGCUUCCCAUUCCACCCAGGCCUCUUCAUCAUGACGCCGGCGGGAGUCUUCUUGGCAGACGGAGCGCUGUCCCAGGUGACGGGUGCAACGGAGCACCAGCAGACCCACAGCGAGAUCACUUCGGCCAUCAGCGCCAAUGGGAAGAAGAAGCGCAAGCGCUGCGGCCUGUGCCCGCCCUGUCGGCGCAGGAUCAACUGCGAGCAGUGCAGCAGCUGCCGCAACCGCAAGACCGGCCACCAGAUCUGCAAGUUCAGAAAGUGCGAGGAGCUGAAGAAGAAGCCAGCCGGAGGCCUGGAGAAGGUGAUGCUGCCCACCGGAGCUCCGUUCCGCUGGUUUCAGUAGGACGUCGCAUGAGUUGGACUUAAGCCUCGCUUAAAAUAACGGACUGCCAAUCAACCGCAAUGCCACCGCCCACUCGGACUGCUGCGGGCUUGUAAACACUGGCCACAAAUACAGAAACAAAUAAACAAACACAUCUCUCUAAACGGGGAGAGAAGACAAGGCACUAAAUGAGAACGAAGCUGUUUCUUCUGAACCAAAAAUAAACUGCCGUGGCAGCAUGUCGUUGCUUAGUUUUAUUAUUAUUUUAUUCUUUUUCCGUUUGUCCAUUGGUUCUCUAUGUUCCGUUCUGGAACCAUUUGACUUCUUAUUUAGAGUCAUGUCCUUUGUCGGACACUUCGGGAACUCUUAACCGCCAAACAGAAAAGUGUACAAUCAUUUUAAUUUACGUGUUUUGUGUUUCUGUUUGUCCACGUGUGGAGGAAUGCUGUAUUUGCGUUAGAGAAUGUAAACUCAAGACUCUGUUUUAAAAGCUAGUUAUUAAUCCAGAGCACUAUUGUACAAUUAGCACCAAUGUUCUUACUGACUGCCUCAGUAUGUUUGGAUUUGGCUUUUUUUUAUGUUAUGUUAUUUUUUUUCUGAAGGGGGCGAGUUUGUCUUAAAACUAUGGUUUUCAAAUCCCUGUUUGAUAUCAAAGCAGAUGAAAAGAGAGAGGAAAACAUGGUAAUGUAGCAACCCUUUUGCCAAACAUGCAGAAAACAAAGGCCUUUAGUGUUAUUUUCUGUAUUGUGAAACAGAAUCAGUGUCGUUCAGCCAUCGGGGAGUUCACUGGAGAACGGCGGAGACAAGUGGAGAAAAGAGUACGAACACCAGGCUGUGGCAUUUAAAGAUCAGAUCAUUACUGUCCAUGUCACAUUGCCCUAUUGGAUACCAAUUGGUCAAGCGGAAAUCAGGGUGUGGUGGGCAGGCUGGUGACCUGUAAGAGGCCAAACAUAGCUCCCACUGAGCCUCUUCAGGGAGGUAUUCAGUUGUAUGUCUGCCUAGCUUGCAAUGCUCAUUUUUUCCCCUCGAAGUCUUCGUUUAAAACAAUGAAGCUCGAGGGAAGCCCCACAUAGUGGUGGCCGUCCUGGACGGGUGACCACAAACCGUUGUGUCAGUUACACUGGUGUUCUGUUCUGUUUCCCUGUUGAAGCCUGGAUGGAGGGGUCUUUCCCCAGUUAAAUCUGGUGACAGAGAUGAAGCUCAAGUCCCUGAAGUGUGUAAUGGUCUUCAUUACCAUGCCAGUGUCUCCACAGCCACUUCUCUGGGGGCUGCAUUUGUAAACUGGAUAAAUGAAUGCAUGUAUCUGUGUCAGAAAUCAACAGCUCUGAGGUUGCAGCUCUCCUCAACUUUGGAAUAAAUAGAGGUACAAAUCAGCGUA